AUGCCAGGACUGCUGAAGAGAGAGAAUGGGGUCUUUGCCAUCAGCCUGGAAAAUUGCGCUGUGCUAGAGUUAUGUGUGUUCACUUUCCUCUAUACAUCAGCUGUGUUAACUUCUGUAAGGUGUGAUAAAUUGUUUUCAUGUUUAGAAUUCUGGAAAGUUGAUAACCUGGCAGAGAAGACCCACGAAAAUCAAUAUCAGCAUUUGCAGAAAGUUGAUUUUAGCAACAACCAAACUAAGGAGACUAAGGAUAGAAAUUAUGUGUUUGGAAAGCGGUGUGUACACAAGCCCUGUUCCAGUGAGAAAGAAAGACCUGGAGAAGCCUUUGGUCAGCAUGAGGACCUGUUUCAGCACCAGAAUAAGCCAACUCUGAGGCAGUGUUAGCAGUACAUGCGUGUAGAAAAGCUUGCCAGCAGGGGGCAGCCUUCCCGACCCCUGAGCCUGCUCAGGAGGGGUGCCCAGGCCUCUCACCUGUCAGAGCUCAUAAUGAGAAUUGCUGUGAGUUUAGUGCCUGUGGGCAAAUGA